AACUGCAGCGUGUGGUGGUGUGUUGCUCUCUUGUCUGUCAUUGACUGUCUUCACAGUCAUCUAUGGUCUUUUAGUUGACAUGGUAUAUAACAUCUACACAAAACUUGAAUCAAAAUAACACUCAGCCAAUAAGCGGCAUGAUCAGUGAUGCCAUCGCCUCAACUCCGCUAAAGUAGGCAACGCUUCCACAGGAGGCACCUAAAGCCUUACGGUGCAACAUCUAGUGAAGCCUCGCAGUGUACCAUCUAGUGAAGCCUCACAGUGUAUCAAUAGUGAAGCCUCGCAGUGUACCAAUAGUGAAGCCAUACACUGCACGCCCGAGAGGGGUCAGGUUAAAUCUGGUUCACAACAUCCGGAAAACAGCUAAAGAACAAAUGUGUGGUGCUCACUAGUUACAAGUUUUCAAGUGUGGCCGCCAGGGGGUUGAUGGCCGCUGUCACCUCAUCUCUCACUAAUGAUAUAAUGAGGCUAGAGAGACAUUAUUGCGCGCCAUCUUAAAAUAACAGUUUUGGAGUGAUGUUAUUGUCACUGCCUGUAUAAGAAGUAAUUCUAACUUAACCUAAGAUACACUGUUGCAGAGCCAGAGGUUAUGGCAAGUGUAUAAAGCUCAGUUUAAGUGUGCAGUAUUAUUUCGCAGAUAAAUUUUUAUAUUUCUAUACAUCGUCACCAUUAUUAUUUGAACGUUCUAUAACUGAACAUAAAAAAGUUUAUAACAAAUCUUAAUACAAGAAGAACUAUCAGCACAAGUUAUGCAAAGUAUAAUAUUACUAAGUGUUACCUGGCAGAGUCAAGAGUGGUGGUGGCGUGAGGUGGUGGUGUCGUCCUGCACCGCUCACGAUCACACGUCGAGUUGACCACCGCCACAAAUUCCUUCAGUGUGUCAUUUCCCGGAGGUUAGUGCGGGUGGUGAGAAGUCAUUGCUUGUGGUGCCUGCCAGCACUUAUUGUGCACGAGGACGGUGCCUGAAAUGUGAGUUAGUCCUUCAUAUAUAAAGGCUACGGAGUGAUGUAAUUAAGUUUAUAGUUUGAUUACUGAAGUUUGGGUCGAAAUACUGUGACUUAAGAAAUUUUGGUGAAUUGAUGUGUUCGUGAGGUAUGUGAAGACUGACCGGUAUAUGUGUGUGUAGGUCAGCAGUAACAGAACCAACACACGUGAACCACAAUUACCUUCAACAACAGAAGAUCAUCACGUGGGUAAGGAAUCUCGCCAAGACUCCAUAAGGGUCACGGCCUGCCAGGGACCUUCAAGACUAUGAACCCAGUUAGCUACAAAAACCAGUGGUCUUCAAGAGCAGCCAGAAACCGAAGCUCCUCGUGACUUGAGUUAUAUUUAAGCUUUAAGGGAUCAUCAUGCUGAACUCUGGAGCCCUCGUCUUGCUAUGCCUGGUGGUGGCAGCAGCAUGGGCGAAUGGAGAUGUGUAUGUCCACGAUGGUGAAAGUAAAAGUACUGGUGAUGGUAAUGGUGGCGGAAACGUUCAGGAUGGAGGAUUGAACGUUGAGCAUGUUGGACGCCUGCUCACUGAUGCACCGACCAGAACCUCAUGUGAGACCCUCAACUCCCUGAUGGGGUGUGUGUCUCCAGGUCCCCCCGCACCCCAUAGUGAUGCUCACCUCCAGGGGUGCCAAGGUUGUGAGGGAGACAAUAGUCGUGUAGAGGCCCCUAAAGAGUCAGAGGAAACACAGACUCUUGUCUUAGUCAUGAAAGAUAGUGAAAAUAAAACGAAAUAUGAUAAAGAAGUUUUUACCGAAAAUACCACGGGAUCAGGGGAGAAGGGACGGUUACUGGACAAGUUAUUCAUCAGAUGUAAAAGGACGGGAGGGAAAUGUUCACUGCGGAGGAGAAGAGAAGCAGAAGAGAAAAGGACGGUUAGUGAGGAAGAUAAUGAGGGAGGCGAUAUGGCAGAGGGGGGAGAAGAACUACCUGAUCCAGAGGCCUUGGCUUGGAUAGACCCUGGACGAUUGGCCAGUCAGGGAGUGGCCAUGGAACAUGUCCCGUCUCUGGCUAAUCUAAUGGGGCUGCGGAUGGUAAGGUACAAGACGCCGCAGCCUCGGCCCCUCCACCCGCCAUAUAGGCCACAACCGCACCCUCUUCACCCACCCAAUAGGAAUCCUCAACUCCCUGCUUCAUCCACAAGCAACAUCAAGGUAGGCCCCUCACCGAAACCCGCCUCCAGGUUAAACAGUGGAAACGAUCUCUUUGGAAACUCAUUCCAUGAUUCUUUUGACCGUUAUUUCAAGAGUUUCAACAGAUAUGAAGGGCAGGAUAUUCGCCGCAGCAACAGCCACACUCGUCCACCUGUUGAAGGCAGCAGCUACAGCUACCCUCCUCCUCGUGGUAGUUCACCAUCACCACCUGCUCCCUCUCCACCCAGGUUUCAAAAUGGUGCCAGUCGUGCACAGCCGCCACAACCCCAGCCAAUAGACAGCUUCUCUAGGCCAGCAUACUCCGGCCUGGGCAACACCGCUGACUCCAUUAUGAAGCUUCUGAAUCCCUUUAAUAUACUCGGACCAAACCAGUUCCCUCAGCUGCCUCGCUUUCCCUACCCAGUACCCCCUCCCAACUAUGAUCCACGUAGACCUCAGUCUUUCCAACGCUUGAGGCCAACAGAUCCCUUGGGAACUGAAGAGAAGGAGUUUCCUCAAGAAAACAUAAAAUACGAGGUUGUGAUGGACCCUAAUCAAGACGCCUACAGGGGAUACCAAUAUAAAAAUGACUUCCCGCUUAGAGACGAUCUGUAUGUCGGCCAAGACGGAAAUAUCUACUUGAAGAGUGUUGAAAAUGCAUCACCACAAAACCCCUUUGGACGACAACACUUUGGAGGUCAUGGUAGACCCGCCCACAGCUUCCCACCUCCUCACAACCCAUCACACUCAACUUCUCCCCGCCCACACCACACUCGACCAAUAUCUCCACAAGAGGGGCGGUUUGAAGACGAGGAGCUGGACAACAUCGACCAGGACUACGAUGACGAUUACGAAGAAGUGUCCAGUUACUCCAGCCUCCUGCAGAACCACAACAUGAACGACAUUGAUCUUGACCCUCCAACAACCCCCAUCAACAACCAUAACCCACACCAGUUUAGGAACAGUCCUUCUCCCAGACCAUACAGAGAUCACAACAACUUUGACCAGCGUAUCCCACAUAAUGGUCGCAAUCCAGGAAUACCAAAUAAUCCAUAUGUAAUUCGCACACCACCCAACUUGUUUCCAAAUUCUGGUCUGCUUAGUUGGUUAUUCCCUUCUUAUGCCCGCACCACCUAUCCAAACUUUUUCUACAAUCCCAGAGAAGUCCAACUUCCCCGAUUCAGAUAUCCGGUGGGACCCUGGCCACGUCAGACCAUUUCUCCUUCAGUUGGGACACCAUCUGAUGCAAAUUAUCCAGGAGCACCAAAUCCACCCACCCACCCGCGAUCCCUACCACCCAGCUCAUUACCCUCUCGACCCCUACCUCUCCCUUCAUCACCCUCCAGACCCUCAUUUAGAAACCCAUCUCCUCCUCGACCCCCAACAUCACCCCUCUCGCCUAUGCAAUCCUUACUACCUAACCCAUCUCCCCGACCCCAGCGACCUCCUCUGCUUCCUCCCCGACCCUCGCUAUAUAACCCUUCACCUCUCCGCCCAUCUCUGCAUCCCUCUCUAGGUCAACCCUCCAACCCACAGCUGAACAAUGCUGCCCAGGGCAUAAACAACCGGCCAAGAGUAAUUUUUGAAGGUGGGCGUGUGAAGAGCUCUGGUUUCUAUCCGGGUAAUGGAUUCUUCGACUCUGAUUUCCCCACAGUAUUCCACAUGGCCCCAUCUCAGCAAAACAGAGUAGUCGAACAGUUACCCAGACCCAUGGGCCAAAAUGCAACAGCACCAACCAAUGAGACUUCAACAUAAGAAGACUUGUGGCGUGUGUUUACGUGUGACACAGACUCGAUCAAAAUUUGUGAGGUUUACCUUGAUGAAUGCAAGUGAACUAGUCAGGUUUUCCUUCUCGUGUAAGGAUAACUUGUGGUAAUAACUCAAAAGCUGUUGACAAAAGAAUAACACAGGUGAAAUACAAACUCAGUCGCCGUUCCAAAUCAGUGUACAGUACUGGAGGUGGUGACUGAGGUGGUUAUUUUGGUAUAAUAAUCUGAAAGGUGACUAUUAAGACCGUUUCGUGCUACAUUCUGGCUGCGGUGCUGGCUUUAUAUAACCAUGUUGCUUGUAUGUUUUAUAGAAAUUUAGGGUGUAUGUAUCCACUAUGCAGUAUCUCUUGCAGGGACUCUGGAAUUAUCAUGAUGAAACACUACAUGAAAACACGGCUUUAACUAGCUGCUUUGAAAGCUAUAGAUCUCCGGCAGGUCUAUGUACAGUGAGUUCGUUUUCUUGUCCUCCAGUCUACAAUGAAUCAAAGGAAAAGUGAUGUAUUGCAUACAGCUGUGAGAUGAAUGUUUCCACUGCACUUGCAUGCUUGCUUCAUGUUAUAAAAUUAUCUUGAAAGAUUUACCCGGUAGUUUGGACGUUGUAUGUCAAACUCACUUGUAAUUACAAGAGGUAUGAUGACUUCCUGCAUCAAUUUUUUUUCGAUGUUCAGUCUUGGAAGUGAAAGAUACUGAAUUUAAAUGAAAUCACUCAGUCGUGAUGGUUUUGACAGUAACUUUACCAGCUGGCCAACAGUGAAUUGAUGAGUAGUGGUUUAGGCUGUGACUUUUUUAUGGCUGUAUAAGUGAAAAUAUGAACUUAAAUCUGUAUACAGGUACAAUAUUGAAUUUGUUUUGUUCAUUGAACUUAUCAUCAUCACAGUUUUUUCUGGUGAAGAAUUAUUUGUCGUAUCAAUAAAUGGAAUUGAAUGUAACCAGGUGAAGUUAGUCGGGGUUUGGCAAUACAUUUUCCUCUAUCAGUUAUUUCUCUGUAAAUUACAUAAUAGUUUCCCGUAAUGAUUUAACGUUAAAAAUAUAUUUGCAGUACGUUGUUUUUCCCACUAUGUGUGUUGUUUGGUUGUUUUUCCAAGUUAUAUAAAUGUAUACGUGCUAUUUAUGUUCAUGUGAUGUGAAUAAAAUGUUAACCAAAAA